GGAGGGCGACAGUGGCUGGAGACCGAGGGAGGGCAACAGUGGCUGGAGACAGAGGGAGGGCGACAGUGGCUGGAGACCGAGGGAGGGCAACGGUGGCUGGAGACCUAUAGAGGGCAACGGUGGCUGGAGACCUAUAGAGGGCAACAGUGGCUGGAGACCUAUAGAGGGCGAUGGUGGCUGGAGACCGAGGGAGGGCAACAGUGGCUGGAGACCGAGGAAGGGCAACGGUGGCUGGAGACCGAGGGAGGGCGACAGUGGCUGGAGACCGAGGGAGGGCAACGGUGGCUGGAGACCGAGGGAGGGCAACAGUGGCUGGAGACCGAGGGAGGGCAACGGUGGCUGGAGACCGAGGGAUGGCAACAGUGGCUGCAGACCUAUGGAGGGCAACAGUGGCUGCAGACCGAGGGAGGACGACGGUGGCUGCAGACGUGGCUGCAGACCCAGUGUGGGGGAGAGUGGCUGCAGACCCAGAGUGGGGGAGAGUGGCUGCAUAGUACUCCAGCAGGGCAAGACUGGCUGCGGACCCCGAGUGCGCAAGAGUGGCUGGAAAAAAGCAGCGGGCGAGAGUGGCUACAGACAUGGCAAGGGAGAGAGUGGCUGCGAACACAGAGCGGGCGAGAGUGGCUACAGACGCCCCAUGGUCAAGCAUGGCAGAUGACUCCAGCAGCAUCUGUCUGGGUAACAAUGGAUGGAUUCUCGAGCACAUUGGAAGCCAUCAGCGAGUACACAAUCAUCCCAGAAAUACCUUUACGGCCAGCUUUUCAAGUCAUCGAACAGUUCAAGAACUUGCCGGAUUUCUUGGGCUUUCCGGCAUUCCUGGCAUUUCAACCCCAGGAUCACUCCACACAUGCGUUCCAAGAAGAUCGUCGUUUACCAGACAUAGAGGUCAUCUAUGCUAUGACAGCGUUUGCAGUUUUUGCAAAAGAAGCACAGGAACAAAGCCGAUCAGCCUCUGACGCUCUGAAAUACGCAUGUCAAAAUUGGGCCUUCCAUCUCUCGCGAGCUCCUAGUCCAUGGGAUAAAAGGCUCGACACUUUAUUCAAGCUCUUCUGGGAUCGUCACUUGCUCGCCUGGCUCGAAAGGCAGUGGUGCUUGAAAGGCUUGCGGUCUUGUCUCCUUGUUUUAUCUGAAGGGCAGAAACUUGCAAGGGAACGCCGCCAAGCUCCGCCGGGGCCAUCUCAGUCAUGAUGUUGGAAUCCGGCGAGGCUCGUCAAUAUUGGAAUGUCUAUCCCUAUGUUACGGACAAUUUACUUAUCUAUCCUAUCCGUACUAUAGUAAAGAACCUGCCGAGUCGUUAGAACAUCUCAGGUCUUUUCAUAGAGCCUGAGAUGUAAGUCUCAUAUUUUCGCGUUAUUCUACAGAGCUAACACACCAUUAGAUAUUUAUUCUACUAGGUACUUUACCCGCUCUUAUAACGAGGUCUUUUCAUAGAGCCUAAGAUAUAUUUAUUCUACUAGCUCUUAUUGCGCAUGGAUUAUUUUCAUAUCAUUCUUUUACGUUGCUCCAAUGUCUUUAGCUUUCAUUCAAAGUAUUUCUAGC